AUGCAUUUAUUUACUUAUUGUAUCCUAUUGUUGUAUAUUAUUAAUUACACGUAUGGUUCUUAUUCAAUUUAUGUUGUUCCUUCUUUGUCAAUAUCAAAUAAUGAAGAAACUGGUACAUUGGAAAAUCCAUUUUCAACAAUUGAACAAGCUCGUAAUUAUCUUCGUACAAUAUUUCGAUUAUCAAAAUAUCGAAUAGCUCUUUAUUCUACAUAUCAUUUUUUAAAAAAUCAUACUUUAUCAUUUGAUGAACAUGAUCAUUUAAUAACAUUUACAAAAAUGUCUGAUAAUGAACGAAAUCAAAUUCAAUUAGAACGAAAACAAAAUAUAAUUGAAUUAGAUUUUCCAAUAAUUAGUGGUGGUAUUCGUUUAACAGACUGGAUCAAUGAUCAAGGAAUCUGGCGUAUUCGUAUACCUGAUUCUCUACCGGCAGUAACACAAUUGUUUGUUGAUGGUCAUCGUGCUAUACGAAGUCGUUUACCAACAAAUGGAUAUUUUAAUUAUGAAAAAGGACUUGAUAAUAGUACACAACUUGCUUAUCAAGGUUUUAUCUAUCAUGAACAUCAAUUCGAUAAUAUAACACUUAGUUCAAUAUCUACAAGUGAAUUUAUUAUUUAUCAUUCAUAUACAACAUCACGUCAUUAUUUUUCACAAAAUUUUUCACAAAAUCGUACAAUACUUUUUUCUAAUCCAUCUUUAUCCGUUAUUGGUAAUACAUCGAUUAUUCAAGAAUCAGGUCAACGUUUUCAUCUUGAAAAUAUCUAUGAAGGUAUGAUAAAUCAAGAAGGUUCCUUUUAUUUUGAUUCAAUAGAACAUUUAUUAUAUUAUCAUGCACGAAAAACUGAAAAUCCACAAACAACUAUUGUUAUUUUACCUAUUGCUGAAAAAAUUCUCUCAAUAGUAAAUGUCAAAAAAAUGGAAUGGAAUUCUAUUGGAUUUCAACAUAGUGCAUGGAUAGAAUCAAAUAAAACGAUUCCUAUCGAUGGACGAGCAGCAGUAGAUUAUUUAGAUCAAUCCAUAGUUGCUAUUUAUAUACAUAAUUCCAGUGAAAUAAAAUUAGAUAAUAUUGAAAUUUCACAUAUUGCUGGUUAUGCAAUACAAAUUGAUAGAAAAUGUGAAGAGAUUAAUAUCGUAAAUAGUCAAAUGUAUGAUUUAGGAGCUGGUGGAAUACGUAUAGGAAUAGAUGAGAAAAUAAAAUAUAAUAAUGAACAAUGGAUACAAAAUAUAAUUAUAGAAAAUUGUACAUUGUAUGAUAGUGGUCAUUUAUUUCCAAUGGGUGUUGGUAUUCUUUUACAACGUGAAACAAGAAAUAUUUUAAUAAGAGAAAAUACACUUUAUCAAUUUUUCCAUACUGCUAUUCAAAUUGGUUGGUCAUGGAGUUAUGAAGAAAGUUUAUGUUAUAAUCAUACGAUAUCUUUUAAUUAUAUUCAUCAUAUUGGUCAAUAUUUAUUAAGUGAUCUUGGUGGAAUUUAUACAUGCGGUAUUUUAAAUGAUACGUUGAUUUUAAAUAAUGUUAUACAUAAUAUUUAUGGAUAUUUUCUACAUGAUUGGGGAAUUUAUUUAGCUGAUGGAACUUCACAAGUAAUAAUAAGUAAUACAAUUGUUUAUAAUACAGGUUCAGCUGGUCUUACUAUGAUUUAUGGUUUUAAUAAUACAUUUGAAAAUAAUAUACUUGCUCGAGUGAGUAAUGAAAGUGAUGGUGCACUUUCAUUAUAUCGUCGGGAAUCAAUUGAUCAUUUAUCAUUUACAUUUCGACAUAAUAUUAUUUAUGAUAUUGUUAAUGAGAGUGGACGUUGGAUAUUUCAAGUUCAAGCACCUGAUCCAUUUUCAGCACCAUAUGUUAUUAUGAAUUAUAAUUGUUAUUUUAAUUUAUAUGGUAAUAUGUUUAUUUUUGGUCUUGGAAGACUUGUUUUUAGUGAAUGGCAAGAAACAAAUCAUGAUAUGAAUAGUUUAAUAUCAGAUCCAUUAUUUGUUAAUGCUGAAAGUCAAUGUAAUUUCUUUGCAUUGAAUAACAAUAGUCCGGCUAUCGAAAAUCUAGGUUUUAAACCUAUUAUGCAAUUGACUCAAUGGAAAUCAGGAUGUUAA